GGAGUGCGGCCGCGCCGGCCGUGACAGCACCCCACCAUGCCGAGGUCCUUCCUAGUGAAGAGCAAGAAAGCGCACAGCUACCACCAGCCUCGCUCUGCUGACGAGGACUACAGCCUGCGGCUGGAGACGGUGCUAGCCCAGAUCUGUGCAGACCCCUGCAAGAUCCCCGAGGACACGGAGCUGUGCCGCACCGCCCUGCCCGAUCCGGAGCCUUCCCGGGGGCGCUUUUCCCCGGAAUCCCACCUUACCGAGGUUGCCGAUGGCACCUCCGAGUCAGCGCCCAGCUGCGAGGGCAGCGUCUGUGACAGAGUGUCCGAGUUCGAGGACUUCUGGAGACCUCCUUCGCCCUCCGUCUCGCCAGCCUCGGAGAGAUCUGUGUGUCCGUCCCUAGAUGAAGCACCCCCUUUCUCGGUGCCCUUCAAACCCUACAUGUGGAACAGCCUGGGUGGCUCCGAGCUCAGGCACCUCGUGCAAAGCUACAGGCCCUGCCCGGGGCUGGAGCGGACCUCAGCCCUGGGGCUCUUCUGCGACCGAGGCUCGGAGCCCGCCCUCUAUGGGGCCGAGUGCAGCUCUUCCCUGGGACUGUACGGUGACUUCAGCUCCCCGGGUCCGGGGCUGUUUGAGCGGCCGCCAGCAGCAGCUCCUGGACUCUAUACCGAAACGCAGCCUGGACUGCAGCAGGAGAAGGGGCCAGGUGGCAUCAAAGUGGAGUCUGACCUUCUGUGCCGCCCCCUGCUCAUCAGCGCUGGCUCUUACAAGUGUGUCAAGUGCAGCAAGGUCUUCUCCACACCGCAUGGCCUUGAGGUACACGUGCGCCGCUCACACAGCGGCACGAGGCCCUUUGCCUGUGACAUGUGUGGCAAGACCUUCGGCCAUGCAGUCAGCCUGGAGCAGCACAAGGCCGUGCACUCACAGGAACGCAGCUUUGAUUGUAAGAUUUGUGGCAAGAGUUUUAAGAGAUCUUCUACUCUCUCCACCCACCUGCUCAUCCACUCAGACACCCGACCCUAUCCGUGCCAGUACUGUGGGAAGCGCUUCCACCAGAAAUCUGAUAUGAAGAAACACACCUUCAUUCACACAGGGGAGAAGCCUCAUAAGUGCCAGGUGUGUGGAAAAGCCUUUAGUCAAAGCUCCAACCUCAUCACCCACAGUCGGAAGCACACAGGCUUCAAGCCCUUUGGCUGUGAUCUGUGUGGCAAAGGCUUCCAGCGGAAGGUGGAUUUACGGAGACACCGGGAGACACAGCACGGCCUGAAAUGAGUCCCAGCUGCAGUCCGGAAAGCGCUACAACACUAUGAGAACAGACUCCCCUGGCUUCCCUGCUGGACCCUGUCUUGAACACGGACCCUGGCAUUACCUUUCUGAACAGGAGCUCUAGGAGGAAAGAAGAGGACAGAGCCAUAUGUUGACAGCUCAGCCUGAAUGACUGUGAAGGGGGAAAGUAAAGGCUGGGAUUUCUCUCUUUCUCUUUCCCUCGUUGUUUCUGAAAUAACACUGAAAUACAAGCCUUUUAGAUAUAAAGCCUAAUACUCCAAAGAUGGAUAAGCUAUCAAAUAUCUGCAAGCUGGAAAAUAUUUCUCCCAUGGCCAUGAUGAACCCCUUCAAGUUUUCAGUAGCUUGAAUCAGCUGGCAGGAAAACAUGGGUAUAACAGUGUUUACAUGGGGUAAUGGCAGAGAGCCAUCAGCACCUGCCCUGGUUGACUUCAGUGCUGAAUGGGUUCACUCUUGGAUGACUUCCUGUCAGGAAAACCUGGAGGAUCAGGACUGUGUAGUUUGACAUCUUGCUGGUUUUUAACCAAAGAUACCAGCUUGGGUCUGAUCCUGCUCUCACUUAUUUUGGUGCAAAUCAGGAGCUGCAUUAACAGUUACAGAGAGGUCCUUUUUAUCCUCCCUGAGCCAUCUCUCUCUGUGCAAGGCCAGACUGCCAGUGUGUUUGAAGCAUGGAGGGUUACUUCUACCUACAUCCACUAGGGAGAAGGAAGCUUGUGAAAGACCAGUGGAAAAGCCAAAGCACAGAAUUAUGCCUUAGAACUAGAAACCAAUCCAGCAAGUGAACCUGCCUGAGGAGGGCAGGAGCACCAGGGAAGCACAGACAUUCUGUCCAGAACCAUUACUGGCUUCUACACUCUGGGCUUGUUCUAAUAACUGGAAAAUAGCUACUCAAUACUAUCAGUUGUAUUUUUGUUUUUGGUUUUUUAAUUUUUAAAGGGAAACUUUCUGAGGUGGGCAGGACUUACUAUAAAAGUAUAAUUUACUUAAUUUGCCUUAACAACUCUGCAUGUACCUCAGUUUAAAAAAAACCUGUUUUUACUUUGUUGACAAGUUUGUAAAUGUCCUUAUUUAGACUUUAUGG